AUGUCUGACAAUCCAAGUAGCAAAGAAUCAGCAACUAAAACCACAAUGGUUUAUGUCUGCUCAGAAUGUCACAACGAGAAUGAAAUGAAAUCCAGAGAUCCAAUUAGAUGCAGAGAAUGUGGUCAUCGUAUCAUGUACAAGAAGCGAACAAAGCGUUUGGUUGUGUUUGAUGCUCGAUAA